AUGGCCAGUAAAAUCACCCCGUACAAGAUCCACGUCGACCAACAGCGACUCCAGCGACUCAAAGACCUUCUCCAGCUGAGCGAUCUCCCCGACGAGGUCGACGACGUCCCUCCAUGGCAGCGAGGGACGCCCCUGUCCGAAAUGCAGCGCCUGGUGACGUACUGGCGGGACAUCUUCGAUUGGCGGGCCGUCGAGGCGCGACUGAACCUCUUGCCGCAGCAGAUGGUCACCGUCGCCGUGGACGGGUUUGGAGAGCUCGACGUGCACUGCGUCCACCAGCGGAGCGAGCACUCAGACGCGAUCCCACUGCUCUUCCUCCACGGCUGGCCGGGCAGUUUUGUCGAGGUGACCAAGAUCCUCCCGCUACUUACACGAAGAGCGGCUGGGGAGCCUGUGUUCCAUGUCGUUGCCCCGAGUCUCGUCAACUUUGGAUUCUCGUCAGGAGUGACAAAGUCCGGUUUCAACAGUGGCAAGCAUGCAGAGGCGGUGCAUAAACUGAUGCUCACGCUCGGAUACAACGAAUAUUUCGUACAAGGCGGCGACGUGGGAUACUUUGUCGCCCGGUUCCUCGCCCACCAGUACCCGGAGUCCUGCAAAGCGCACCACGUCAACAUGGCCGUAGCCAACGAGCCUGAUACUGCGACGCAGGCCGAUCUCACGGCGAAAGUGAAGAGCACUCCCCUAACGGACUUUGAGCAGCGGGGACUCGCGCGGUCCGCGACAUUCCUCCAGGAGGGUAUGGCCUACGCGAUCCUCCACGCCACACGGCCCCAAACGAUCGGCUACGCGCUCAAGUCCAGCCCCGUGGCGCUGCUCGCGUGGAUCUACGAGAAGCUGCACGCGUGGAGCGACGACUACGCCUGGACCGACGACGAGGUCCUCACGUGGGUGAGCAUCUACUAUUUCUCCACGGCGGGCCCGCACGCCUCGGUGCGCUGGUACUGCGACAGCGUGGGCAGUACGGCCGCGUCGGACAACGACACGGCCAAGCGAUACGUCGACGUCAAGCUGGGCAUAUCGCGGUUUCCCAUGGAGAUCGCGACGACGCCGACGCUGUGGGCGCGCACGAUGGGACCGGUGGUCCUCGACAGGCAGCACGACAGGGGAGGGCAUUUCGCCGCCUGGGAGUGUCCUGAGGCGUUGGUGGGUGAUGUUCGGGACAUGUUUCGACGCAGAGAUGCUGGUGAUAGGAAUGGUGGAAAGAGUGGACGGCAGUGGUGGGAGGAAUUGAAGAAUGCGUUGCCGCUGUGA